GCUACGAUAGGUACUUCCCGGUGUGUUUCUCGCACAAUCUUAUUCUGGAUAUCCUUUGAUUUCUUUUCUUCUUCGAAUCUUUCUUUCAUAUUUUCUUGUGAUGUGGUCUUGAUAGGAGAGAUAUAUACAUCCGUACAUACUUGCAAGACUUGUCACACAGAUCAAUCAAUCAAUCAAUCCAUCCAUCAAUCGAUAAUCCCAAUCUCCAACUCUCAAUCACCAUCACCAUCACAACCACCAACUACCACACCACACCACACCACACCACACCACAACCCAGCAUGUCCCCCGCGUUCUCCACCUCCCCCGCCUCGCGCAUCCGUCACCUAACUCCCAAUCCCCGUCUCCAUCUCCAAUUUUUCCGCACCAGCCCCACCACCCCUCACAGCCAAGCCCAAGCCCAAACCCAAACCCAAGCACCCGCCCUCCAACGCCGCCGCUCCUACUCAACCAGCACCGCCUACCGCACACCCUGGACCGGGCGUCCCGCGUCCGAAAACGCAGGCACAGAUGCACAGACGGAAAAGCACAAUGUGCAACAUGACCAGUCGCAGAAGAGCAAGGAGGAGAAAGUGAAGGGCGAGAGCGGGAGUGCGGGAUUGGAGGAGAAGCCGAGUGAGCGGAGUAGAGAGGGAAAAAGGAAGGUGCAGGUGGAGUUUCCGGAGGGGGCGAAGAGGGGUCCGGUUAUUGGGAUGGAGGACGAGAGGGGUGGGAAAGGUUCUUAAAUCUGAAGAACCUUGGAUACACAGUGCUCAUACUGUACAGCUCUUAUCGAUUGAGAGAAAUCUGUACACUACGCGAUUAAGGAUUCGUGGAUAGAUAUAGCAUAUCUGCAUCAGCUUGAAGGCAUGCUUUUUCUCUAUCUGGAUAUCUGAAAACAAUAGCGCUAUCCAUGUACACAAACCAAUCAAAGACUAUCCUCAAGACA